UCAACCAAAGCGCGUCGUGUGGUCUGGCAGUUUCCCUCUGUUCUUCAUCUCCUCCGUAACCCGCUGGUGAGAACGACUGACUAUGGUUUCUGCCCCGAACGGGAAUACACCAAGGAACAACACAUCUUUGAGAAUGAAUGGAUUAUAUGCCGGCCUCGGGGUCAGAAAUGACCACCCACUCUCGGAGGAGCGCGCUGUAGGUUCAGGGUAGGCUGCGAAAUUGAUGUAGGCUAAAGCUUAAACAAUUGGCAUCCCAGCUUCGUCAAUAACAGCUCGUGGGUACCGAACCAUUCUAAUUUCAUUUUCUACCAUAGUGCAUUGAGGAUAUCAGUUAUUUUUUUGCCGUUUAUUUGGACAUUUCCCCCUUUCUCGUUGCGCAGUUAAAUGUCUCGGCUGAGACAGGAUUCGCGUCAUGCUCCGCGUCAUGCUAUUUAUGGGAUUUGUAUAUUCUUCUCCACGUAAAGACCAACAGCUCAGAGGCAUAUGAAAGAGAUGUGACACGGAUUCCACACAUCGAAGGAGGGGGCUGCUCAGGGAAGAAUAUGAAAAAGCAAGACAUUGGAGAGACCAUCCAUUUUGUGUCUGGAGAAGAUUUUGAGGAAGGGGACACUGGGAUAGGCAUAAUUAUAGAAACAGGAGCCUCUGAAUAUACAUUCAUCGACAUGGGAGCACCCAGCUGUGAAAAUACAUGUUGGGCCUAUUAAUUGUAUGAUUACAAUGACUAGGCCUAUAUGAUAAUGGCUGGAUCACAUCCAAUAAAACAUAAUUACAUUUGAUUCCAUUUUGUCAGGAAAAAUACAAUAGGAUAAGAUGACCCAGAAAUCGUGAUGACCCUGUCAUCCACCAGUGCCUUCAGCUUCAUGUUAUAAUGUGGAGUGGCUGCGGGAGAAUAUAAACUAAAUUGUACAUAAAUAUCCCCGAUUUGUAGGCCUAUGGGAUUUUAUCAUAGACUAGGCCUAUUUCAUAAUGUAACAACUUCCUUUUGCAUAUUUAUUUCAAGGCAAACGUUGAAUUAUUUUCUGUUGGGGGCGUAUCCAUUCCAAGUGUCAAAUGAAAUGAAUAUCGACAUUGGAGUUUGACAUUAAAGGGAGCAACCUCGAUAUAAUUGAGACUAAUGUUACAAUCCAAGGAAACAUCCCAUGGCACACAUAAAAUAAGUAGGUCUAUAGCUGUCAUAUGAACAAAUGGCCUCCCAAUGCUCAAGUGAAUGAUGGUCUUUAUUCCCAAUGUUAUUUGUACACCCUCCACUAAUUUCUGGAUUCAAAAUGUAUCACCCCGAAUGGAAACCAUAUGUGGCCCACUUGAUUUGAAACAAGUAUUUUUUUUCCUCCCAUUGCUGAACAUGUUUUUCAAAUGCAGAAAAUAGUCUUACAGUCAGGUGCGAUAAGCUUUUUUGAUGCUUAUAGUCAGAUUUUUUGUGAGUGACAUUAACAGAGGUGGAAUUGAUGACACAUAUCUUGACACCGUUGUUGUACUCCGGGGAUAUUGCACGGUACAAGCCAGGAGCACUACAAGAGUCACUGGAAAUUAGACACAAUUCAAGUGCAAGUUCAAGUUUUUGUCUGUUUCGCUCAAAAUGUGGAGAGUUGUAUUGUAGGAGUGCCUCACGACAGAAGAAGAACAAGAAAGGGAGAUGAAUCCGAGAAGGUGAUGAUGAUGCUGGAUACACAGAAUGCGACCCAUGAGAUUGGUGAGGAGGUGGAGGACGGGGUGGUAUACACCAUCACCCUGCGGAAGGUGCAGAUGCUCCACCACCGCCACCACGUUGGUGGCAGCGGGGCCGUUAAGGGCCAACGCUGGCUAGGUGUGGACGCAUCGCUCAGCCUGUAUGAGACGUGCAAGGUGCGCACCAUCAAGGCAGGCACAUUGGAGAAGCUGGUGGAGUACAUGGUGGCGGCGUUCCGGGGCAACGACUCCACCUACGUUACCAUCUUCCUCUGCACCUACCGCUCCUUCGCCUCCACCAAGCAGGUCCUGGACCUGCUGCUCAACAGGUAUGCCAAGCUCCAGCACCUGCCUGGCUCAGAGGGCCACAAACUGACUCAUGAUGAUCGCACAGAUCUGAGGAACACGAUAUCCUCCAUCUUGGGGGCAUGGCUUGACCAGUACUCUGAGGACUUCUGGAAUCCUCCGGAGUACAGCUGCCUGCGACGUCUCAUCUCCUACCUGCACCUCAACUUCCCGGGAUCGGACCUGGAACGCCGCGCCUGCAACCUCCUGGCCCACUUCCACCGCCGGCAGCUCCAAGAGCCCGAGAGUGAGUUGCUCGAUCAUGGCGGCUAUCCUUUCACCUUGUUGGAGGAGAAUGGCUACGAGGAUGACCGACUGGACUUUCUGAACUUUGACCCGGCGGUGGUGGCCGAGCAGUUCACCCUCAUGGACGCGGAGCUCUUUAAGAAGGUGGUCCCCUACCACUGUCUGGGGAGUAUCUGGUCGCACCGGGACAAGAAGGGCAAGGAGCAUCUGGCACCCACCAUCCGUGCCACUGUCACACAGUUCAACUGCGUCACCAACUGUGUCAUCGCCACCUGCUUGAGCGAGCGUUUGCUCAAACCCACACAGCGGGCCAAACUGGUGGAGCGCUGGAUCGAAGUGGCCAGGGAGUGUCGAAUCCUGAAGAAUUUUUCUUCGCUACGGGCCAUCCUUUCUGCUCUGCAGUGCAACCCGGUCCACCGGCUGAAGAGGACAUGGGAUGAGGUGUCCAGGGAAAACUUUCGCAUCUUCCACGAGUUGUCAGAAAUCUUCUCAGACGAAAAUAACCAUUCGCUCAGCAGAGAGCUGCUCAUCAAGGAGGGCACGUCCAAAUUUGCCACCCUGGAAAUAAACCCCAAACGAGCCCAGAAGAGACAGCAGCAGCCCCGAGACCUGAGUGUGAUGCAGGGGACCAUUCCCUACCUGGGUACUUUCCUGACAGACCUAGUCAUGAUGGAUACUGCCAUGAAGGACUACCUGGACGGAGGGCUGAUACAUUUUGAGAAGAGGAGGAAGGAGUUUGAGGUGAUUGCCCAGAUCAAGCUUCUGCAGCUGGCCUGCAACAAUUAUAACUUCACCCGCAACAAGCGUUUCCGACAGUGGUUCUCCGGUGUGGACAAACUCACUGAGGCCGAGAGCUACAGUCAGUCGUGUGAGAUCGAGCCGCUGUCGGAGUCGGCCUCAAAUACUCUGAAAAAGAAGAACACAGGAAUCAUCAAACGCUGGAGCGAUCGCCAGCCGGCCAGCUCGGAGCCAGGCUACUGCAGUGCGGGCAGCUCUCACUCCAAGUCCUUUGACCAGCUGCGCUACGCCCCCUGCUUGGGGGGCUCAAGUGGAGGUGGAAGGGGUGACGGAGCAGAUUCCCUGAGCGUCACCUCAGCCGGCUCCAGCAGCUCCGACGUCGAGGAGAUAAAUAUCAGCUUCAUCUCCGACUCGCCUGACGCCCACGAGCGAAAGACCUCCACACCUUCCGUAAAACAUUCCAAUUCCACGUUAGGGAAGUGCGGCCCCUUGCCUGACCUGGCACCCACGUUCUGGGAGUCCACUUCUCUGUCCUCCUUGGACGCCUCUGGUGUGGGAUCUGGCUCGGGCUCCAGCAGCGCCUCCUCCUCCUCCAUGUCCUCCACGCCUGUGGUAGGGGCCGGCUCCCGCUCGCACAAGCGCUCCGUGUCGGGUGUGUCCAACUACUCGUCGCUGUCACUGCCCCUCUACAACCAGCAGGUGGACGAUUGCUGCAUCAUCCGGGUCAGCCUGGACGUGGACAACGGCAACAUGUACAAGAGCAUCUUGGUGACCAGUCAGGACAAGACGCCGGCUGUGAUCAGGAAGGCUAUGGUGAAACACAACCUGGACCGGGAGAGAGCGGAGGACUACGAACUGCUGCAGAAGAUCUCUGAGGAGAAAGAGCUGAAGAUUCCAGACAAUGCCAACGUUUUCUAUGCCAUGAACUCCUCGGCCAACUACGACUUUGUCCUGAAGAAACGUGGCUUCCCCAAGGUGGGCCGGACCAAGCAUGUGGCCAGCUCCACACUGCCGCGCAUGAAGCAGAACGGCCUGAAAAUCGGCAAGGGCAUCUUCUGAGGGGCUACACCAUGUCCUCGCCCGCCUCCAGCUUCCUGCUGGGCUCUCUGGGUGCCACCUUUUAGUACCACCCUUGAUGUGUCAUGGUAGAGGGGCCAGCCGCCAGCUCGGUCUUGUGUUCGGCGUCUGAGCGUCAAAGCCUCAGAGGACUAAUACAGCUGAGUGGGAUGGAAAGCCCUAUAGACCAAUGAACUUGCACAAAUCACUUCCUGUUAGCUUCAGCUCUCUGUGGACGUCCUAAUCGAUAGUGAGAAGAAGGAAAACUGAGGGAAAAUGGUAACUGUAUUUUAUCCAGGUGCAUCUGAAAAUUCCUUCCCUCUAAAGGAGUUACACUCCCUGUCAUUUCUACAGAACCCUCCCUCAGCCGAUGCAGCGUGUGUGUGUGUGUGUGUGUGUGUGUGUGUGUGUGUGUGUGUGUGUGUGUGUGUGUGUGUGUGUGUGUGUGUGUGUGUGUGUGUGUGUGUGUGUGUGUGUGUGUGUGUGUGUGUGUGUGUGUGUGUGUGUGUAAAGUAUUCAAGCACUCAGAGAAAGAGCGAGAGAGAGAUGGACAGAGAUGGAAACAUGAAUGUUGUAUUGUGAAAUGAACCGUGGUCUUUAAAUGUCUAGUCUUUUUGUUCUAUGUAGUGUAAAGAAAAAAAGAAGAAUGAAAAGGACUGUUCUGGUCUACUCCCUCCUUUAUUUCUCUCUUUCAUUAAGGCCUGUUUUCCUUGUGUACCAGGGUAGGGGUCAGUUAAUUCAGGAAAUAAAUAACUCUAAUUAAAACAUACUGGUCCACUCCGCGUGAUAUAUGAUCAUAGACCGUUUUUGGGAGCAUAGAGAUUGCAGUGGGGGAGUGAGUUUGCUUGCUGUUGAGAGAUUCCUUGCACAGAUGUGUGAUUCUUUGUCUAUGACUCUGAUAGAAGAUAAUCUGAUAUGACGAGUCCUUGGUUUGUAGUACCCCAUGUCUAUCCAUUUCUUACAGUAUUGCAGCACUUAUGAUCAAACCUAACGUCCCUAAUUAUCAGCAGCCAGGUCAGUGGUAUUGUGGAUUACAGUGUUAAAGCCUGUGUUCGUGCUCAAAGGGAUUUCUGAAAUGAUUGACUUUUUGACUGUGACCGUGUCACACUGUGUCCUGUGCAUGACAGUAAACAUUCUAAAAGGGACACAGGAUUGGGUCUCUAUCAGAGGGCAGGCUAUAUGUAGGCUGGCUAUACUUUACUUCUAUAGCCUUUUUACAUAUUGUGCCAACCUGAACCAUAGUGUGCUGGCUGGCUCUGAUAUUUUAUUUUAACAUGGUUCUUUCCAGCACAGCUCCAGCAACCAUGGUUGAUUCAUAACUAGGCCAGCGCAGUACAGCUUGGCUCAGCUCAGUCCAGUAGUGUAAAAAGGGUAUAUUUUCAGGUGCUAUAAUGAUAGUCUUUCAUAUGUCAAUUAUCAUAAGGAUGGGUGGUCAUAGGGGAGUGGCUAUAUGGACACUCCUGGUGCCCAAAUUGCUGACGUUUUUUGUGCAGUGAGAGUCGAGUGGUGACGAACGGAUUCAGUUCAGUCAUUUCAGAUAGUCUUCCUGAUGUGCCAUUCCCAGCAAGCUAGUUUAAUGCUUGUGGCUAAAAACUUCAGCGAGAACUUGAAACUUGUCGGUCGAAGUUGGGACUUGGGAGUGUUCAGAAUCCUUUAGUUUUUGUCUAAUUAAUAAUUGUACAAAAUGUAACGUUAGAGGUUUAUGUCGUAGUAGUACAUUUUUGGUGAAAAUCACUAUUGACUACACUAUCUACUUCCCUAUCCUUACUGCAUCAAGCGGGAGAGAAGGACACGGCGCCCUGUGUUGCGUUGGCUUGAUGUGCAAACUCUCCCCAUUGAGCAGUGUAGCAUAACGGUGACAUCCAUCUAGAUGACUACCAACAUUACAAGUUAUUUUUCAUGUAGGCUGCUAUCCUACUCAAAAUAAAAUCAAGUGGGAUGGAACAAAUUGGAGAUGGUGACCAAAUCCAGAUGACCAAUACUACAAGUUAUUUCUCCCUUUCUAUUACCAGUUUUAACUAGCGCCACGCUGCUGUUGCCAGCUAGCCAGCAUAAACUAGCUGGGAAGGGCCUAUCAGGACGACUGACUGAACCAAAUCCACACUCGACUCUCAGCUGCGCAACAUAUGUCUAUCACCUUUUAAGGUAUGACCCAGGUGCAGACAGUGUUGAAGAAACAAAAGUUUAUUAUUUAAACAGGCAGGCAAACGACAGGUCAAGGCAGGCAGAGGUCAAUAAUCCAGAGAGAGUGUAAGGCACCGGAACAGCAGACGGGCUCAUGGUCAGGUCAGGCAGAGGUCAAUAAUCCAGAGAGAGUGUAAGGCACCGGAACAGCAGACGGGCUCAUGGUCAGGUCAGGCAGAGGUCAAUAAUCCAGAGAGAGUGUAAGGCACCGGAACAGCAGACGGACUCAUGGUCAGGUCAGGCAGAGGUUGGUAAUCCAGAGUAGAGGCAAAGGUACAGGACGGCAGGCAGGCUCAGGGCAGGCAGGCAGGCUCAGGGCAGGCAGGCAGGCUCAGGGCAGGCAGGCAGGCUCAGGGCAGGCAGGCAGGCUCAGGGCAGGCAGAAAAGGUAAAAACUGUGAAACUACAAAACAGGGACUAUAGCGAAGACAGGAGCAAGGGAAACCGCUGGUAGGUUUGAUCGAACAAAACAAACUGGCACAGACAGACAGAAAACACAGGUAUAAGUACCCAGGGGAUAAUGGGGAGGAUGGUCGACACCUGGAGGGGGGAGGAGACAUAGGUGAAACAGAUCUGGGCAUGACUAUGUCAUCCAUUUGAGCUCCGGUGUGUCCGUAUAGCCUCUCCCUAGUCACAUUAUGUAAGUACUGCGUUAUGAAUGCAUUCAACUGUGCUGGUUGGUGACAGUGAUGGUUGCUGUAUGUUUGUGAAUAUUGGGGUCCGGGAGUCUACUGCCCUUAUGUCAUUCAUUGGACUUCAUAUCGGUGGUGUUGAUGGAAGUUGCCCCUAAGCCCUGAUUCAAGGUCAGUUUAUAUUCCUACGUCCUAUGACCAAGGUUAGGAUUGAGGUUGGGAACGCUAAACCUAGAUCUGUGGUUAAAGACAACUUCUGUAAUGUGUCAAUGAAUGAGGGAUGGCUCCUUUGUGCACAUCUCAAACUUUUGUGUAAGUUCCCAGUUAAUCUGUGGGUGUAAGUGAGAGUUCAUCCCGGAAUGUGUGCUUAUUGUUUCUCUUUUUUUGCGAAUGUGUGCCUCCCCAGGUGCCCAAAAUAUCUAUAUAUCAGAGGGGGGGAUCUGUCAUAAAGAUGUCAACAUUUCAGGUUUCACAAAUGUUAGUGUGUGUGUGUGUGUGUGUGUGUGUGUGUGUGUGUGUGUGUGUGUGUGUGUGUGUGUGUGUGUGUGUGUGUGUGUGUGUGUGUGUGUGUGUAAGAGACUCUCUUCUGUGUCUGCAUUGUCGUUGGUAAAAGUAAGGGCCAACGACUGCACCGAUCAAACUAAGUUAGUCCCUCUCAGAAACACUGCCUGAUCAGGAAUAUGUCCUCAUGCCUCACCCUCUCACAAUGAUCCUCCUUAAAACCUUUGUGCCAUCGCUCUCCAUCACUGUUAAAGACUCAGAACUCUAACGAUUUCAAUGUGUUUUCUAUGUUCUGUUUGUAUCUUUUCUAUU